UGUCGGUGGGGGCGGUGUCUGCAUACUGAGCGUGUGGGCUGUGGCUGCUGCUGCAGUGAGGAGUGCUCUGCUGACAGACUAUGGGCUGCUCCGCCAGCGGCGUCCUGCUACUGCGCUCGGUGGGCGGGGCCGACUGCGGCCAUAUCUGCUCGCGCCAGGACCGGCUCUCAUUGGACGCCGCUACACCUGUCCUGGAAGGCUACAUCCACACCGACGCCCCUCUUACUACCAUCGUCAUGCAGGAGAAGCCGAAGCAGAUCGAUCCCCUGGACUAUGAGGCGGUGAUCUGUGAGCUGCUGGUCGACCUGCAGGAGGAUCCUCUCAGGGAUCUACUGCUCUUCCCUGACAACGACUUCUCCGUCUCCACGGUCCCCCAGGAGAGGCGCAGCCUGCGCUCCACGGUGCCCGAUGGUGCGGAGGGCCUGGCCGAGUGUCUGCUGGUCAGACAGGCCUGCAAGUACUACAACUCUGAGCUCAACGUCGUCCAGUUCAAGUAUGACGACUACGCCGGAGACUACCGCCUGUUGCCCAGGAAACUGUACAAAGCAGAGAAGCUGCCCUCCCAUUCCUUUGAGAUCGACCAUGAAGACAUUGAUAAGGAUGAGGACACCACCUCCCUGUCGUCCUCUAAAGGAGGGGGGGGUGGAGGAGGGAUCGGCGUGUUCCGCUCAGGAUGGCUCUACAAAGGAAACUUCAACAGCACGGUCAACAACAGCAUCACUGUCCGGUCGUUCAAGAGGCGUUACUUCCAGCUGACCCAGCUGACUGACAGCUCCUACAUCAUGAACUUCUACAAAGACGAGAAGAUCUCCAAAGAGCCCAAAGGAUGCAUCUUCCUGGAUUCAUGCACUGGUGUGGUGCAGAACAACCGUCUGAGGAAGCACGCCUUUGAGCUGAAGAUGAACGAGGUGACGUACUUUGUCCUGGCGGCGGAGAGCGAGCAGGAUAUGGAGGACUGGAUCAGCACGCUGGCCCGCAUCCUGCAGAUCACCCCCCACGACGGGCCCACGCCCGACCGCAAGAGCCAGGACCUCACGGACCACCGGCAGGAUGUCUUCGACAUGUCUCUGUCCAAUGGCAUCCUGCCUGAGAGCGAGGAGACGGCUGAAAAUGGGAUUAACCCGGAGCUGGCCAAGUACAUCUCAGAGACGGAGGAGGCGGUCCGCUCGGCCCGCCGGGAGGAGAGGCUCAACCUGUUCUCCCUCGACACGGACACACCCGUCCUGCGGAGCCCCCAGGCAGCGGGGGGGGAGGCGGGCUCAGCGCGCCCUCUGGAGGAGCGUCUGGGCCGGAGGCUGAUGCUGAGCUGCCGGUCCCUCGGCCUCACGCUGCAGGGCUGCCUCAACGAGGCCGAGGCCGGGGCCAUGACCAACAUCGAGCCGUUCUUCGUGACCCUGGCCCUGCUGGACGUGCGCGAGGGCCGCAAGAUGUCCGCUGACUUCCACGUGGACCUGAACCACGAGACGGUGCGGCAGAUGCUGGGGCCGGGGGCCGGCGGCGCCGGGGUCUGUAGCAACGGCACCGGGAGCCCCGUGACCCCCCGGGGCCCGGAGACCGCCCCCCCUGCUGAGAGCAGGUCAGGGGACUGUGAGCUGAGCCCGGACCUGGAGCAGUGGCUGUGCUACCCCACUCAGGCCAUUUUCUCGGUGACGAACCCGCACACGGACAUUGUGAUCUUAGCCCGGGUGGAGAAAGUGCUUAUGGGAAACAUAGCCUGCAGCGCUGAGCCGUACAUCAAGAACACAGACUCCAGUAAGACCGUUCAGAAGAUGUUGAAGUCCAACAAACAGUUCUGCAGUAAACUUGGGAAGUACCGAAUGCCCUUCGCCUGGUGCAUCAGGUCAGUGGAACACACCUCUCCUUUAAUACACUGUUGGUCAUUAAUACGAUGUAACAUGAAUACCAGUUCAUCAUGGCAGUACAUCAUGGUGCUAGACCAGUACAUCAUGGUGCUGGACCAGUUCAUCAUGGUGCUAGACCAGUUCAUCAUGGUGCUGGACCAGUUCAUCAUGGUGCUGGACCAGUUCAUCAUGGUGCUACAUCAUGUGACCGCUGCCUGUCUCUCUGCAGUGGGGUACUCCUGGCUCCCGCUGCUCCGUGAGGGCCGGCUGGCCUCCCAGGAGUUCAGCGUCCCCGUGUCAUGCAGCCUCCCUCCAGGGUACCUUGCCCUCAGAGAGCCGAACAGCGCCAAGAACAGCUCUGAUGUGAAGUGGGUGGACGGAGGCAAGCCCAUCUUCAAGGUGUCCACCAACGUGCUCUCCACCGUCUACACACAGGACCCCCACCUGAACAGGUUCUUCCAGCAGUGCCAAAAGAGAGAGCUGGACCUUUCUCUGCCGCCUGCCUCCACCUUCCUCAGCUGCCUGAAGGGUCUCCUCAGUAUGGACAGACUCCCUGUCAUCAUCCGCUUCCUGCCGGUGCUCUUCAACAGACUGUUCAAGGUUCUGACGGAGAACGACAACGACGAGGUCACCACUGCCACCACCAGAGUGCUGCUCCACAUCGUAGCCAAGUGCCAUGAGGAGAACCUGGACCACUACCUGCAUUCCUACAUCAAGUAUGUGUUCAAGACGGAGUCCCUGGGCUUCAGGACCGUGCACGAGGAGCUGGCGAAGGGGAUGACCUUCGACCUGAAGAGCGGAGAGCCGGCGGCCGUCAGGAGCGUCCUGAAGUUCUCCUGGUUCUUCUUUGAGCUCAUCAUCAAGUCCAUGGCCCAGCAUCUGGUCCAGUCAGACACGGUCAAGCUGCCCCGGCCCCAGCGGUUCCCCUCCUCCUACCUGGGCCGACUGGAGACCCUACUGGAGACGCUCUCGGACCACGUCUACUGGAAGCACAAGGAGCUGCCGGAGGAGACCCGCAGCACCACGCUGGCCGUGGCCGCGUUCGUCAAGCGGUGCUUCACCCUGAUGGACCGAGGCUUCACCUUCAAACUCAUCAGUAACUACGUCACCAUGAUCACCGCCUCCGACAGCAAGAUGCUGUGUGAGCUGAAGUUUGAGUUCCUGAGGGAGGUGUGUAACCAUGAGCACUACAUCCCCCUCAGCCUGCCCCUCCCCUCGGCCCGCAUCACAGACAAUGCAUCACCAGUGCCAUCAAGUUGCCAUGUGUGUGUGCCCGAGUACACCCUGACCGGGGAGUUCUGCAGGAAGCACUUCCUGACGGGGUUGCUGCUGCGGGAGCUGGGCCUGGCGCUGCAGGACGAGCAGGACCUGCGGCACCUGGCCCUCGCCACGCUCAAGACCCUGAUGGCCAAGCACUCCCUGGACGGCCGCUACGCCACCAAGGAGAAGCAGGCCCGGAUCGCCUCCCUCUACCUGCCGCUGUACGGCCUCAUCCUGGACAACAUGCCGCGCUUCUUCCUGCGGGACAUGUUCCCCCUCUACUACACCUCCAGCACCCAGGGGUCCCGGGACGACCUGAGCGUGGGCGGGGUGGCGGCCGGGGGCCUGACCCCCCACGUGGUUCGCCAUGGCAACUCAGUGGACGCGUCCUUCUCCAAAGAAGUGCUCAACUCCAUCACAGCGUUCUCCACUCUGGCGGUUGCCACGGGGACCCAGGCGGAGUGCCGCGGCUCGCUGCUCAGUGUGGACUCCAACCCGUGCAGCGCCGAGGGGGGCGGGGACAAGGCCGACGGCUGUGAGAAGUUCGCCCGCCCCCAGUCCCUGAUUGGCUACGGCUCCCGCUGUGACAAGCUGGACCAGGCUGAGACCCGCAGCCUCCUUAUGUGCUUCCUGCACAUAAUGAAGACCAUCUCUGAAGAUGUUCUGGUGUCCUACUGGCACCGGGCGGUCCACCAGGAGAUCUCGGACUUCUUCAACAUCCUGGAACUGUGUCUGCAGCACUUCCGGUUCCUGGGGAAGCGGCACAUUGCCAGGAAGCUAGCGGCGGCAGUAAAGCUGGCCCAGUCCAACCAGAAGGGCUCUAACCAGCACUCCCAACACGCCCAGUCCUCCCAUCCCACUGGCCUUCUCCCACAAUGGAUGGCGGUGUCCGGGGGCGAUGGCCACAGACACGCCCGCUCUCAGACCAUGCCCAUCAUCAGAGGGAAGAACGCCCUGAGCAACCCCAAGCUGCUGCACAUGAUGGAGACGGAUGGGAACAUCCCCGAGGGCGACACCUUGAGCCCCACAGACAUCGAGGCCAACCUGUCGACAGAGGUGUCCCUCACCGUGCUGGACGUCCUGGGACUGUUCGUACAACACCACAAGAAGCAGCUGUUGAUGGACGAGGGCCAGAACGUGAUGAAGAAGGUUCUGGAUACCUACCUCCUCUUCUUCCAGAUCAACCAGUCCACCACCACUCUGCGCCACGUCUUCGCUGCCCUCAGGCUCUUCGUCCAGAAGUUCCCCAGCGCCUUCUUCCAGGGGAAGGCGGACCUGUGCGGCUGCCUCUGUUACGAGAUCCUGAAGUGCUGCAACCACCGCUCCAGCUCCACCCAGACGGAGGCCUCCGCCCUGCUCUACUGUGUCAUGAGGCACAACUUUGAGUUCACCAAGGGCAAGUCCAUGGUCCGCUCCCACCUGCAGGUGAUCAAGGCGGUGAGUCAGCUGAUCGCGGACGCGGGCAUCGGGGGAUCCCGCUUCCAGCAGUCCCUCGCCAUCAUCAACAACUUCGCCAACGGGGACGCGCCGCUCAAGAGCACGCCGUUCCCGGCGGAGGUGAAGGACCUGACCAAGAGGAUCCGCACGGUGCUGAUGGCCACGGCGCAGAUGAAGGAGCACGAGAAGGACCCCGAGAUGCUGGUGGACCUGCAGGUCAGCCUGGCCAACUCCUACGCCUCCACGCCCGAGCUGCGGCGCACCUGGCUGGAGAGCAUGGCCAAGGUGCACGUCCGCAACGGGGACCUGUCCGAGGCGGCCAUGUGCUACAUCCACAUAUCUGCUCUGAUUGCUGAAUCGCUCAAGAGGAGAGGCUACUGGAGGGCGGACAAGGCCCGGAUGUCCCACGUGGCUGCAGAGGAAAGCCCUGUCUUUAACCGUAGCUCCUUACUAACCAGCACCCGGGACUCUGACACCUCCUUCUCCAUGGGCUGGGCGGCCUUCAUGUGCAUCAGUCCCAACGUCAAGGAGGAAGGAGCCAUGAAGGAGGACACCGGUACCCUGGAUACACCCUACACCGAGGACACCCUGGUGGAGCAGCUGGAGCUGUGUGUGGACUACCUGUGGAAGUCCGAGCGCUACGAGCUCAUCGCCGACAUCAACAAGCCCAUCAUCGCUGUCUUUGAAAAGAGGCGGGACUUCAAGAGGCUGUCGGAGCUGUACUACGACAUCCAUCGCUCCUACCUGAAGGUGACGGAGGUGGUGAACUCUGAGAAGCGUCUGUUCGGCCGCUACUACCGCGUGGCGUUCUACGGACAGGGUUUCUUUGAGGAGGAGGAGAGUAAGGAGUUCAUCUAUAAGGAACCCAAGCUCACAGGUCUGUCUGAGAUCUCCCAGAGGCUCCUCAAGCUCUACUCAGACAAGUUUGGGGCGGACAACGUGAAGAUGAUCCAGGACUCCAACAAGGUGAACCCCAAAGACCUGGACCCCCGCUUCGCGUACAUCCAGGUGACCUACGUGGUCCCCUUCUUCGACGGCGAGGAGGAGCAGGACAAGCGCACAGACUUCGAGAAGCACCACAACAUCAGCCGCUUCGUGUUCGAGACGCCCUUCACGCUGUCGGGCAAGAAGCAUGGAGAGGUGGAGGAGCAGUGCAAGAGGCGCACCGUACUGAGCACCAGCUCCAGCUUCCCCUACCUGAAGAAGCGCAUCCAGGUGGUGGAGCAGCAGAGCACGGAGAUGAACCCCCUGGAGGUGGCCAUCGACGAGAUGUCCCGCAAGGUGUCGGAGCUCAACGCGCUGUGCAGCAUGCAGGAAGUGGACAUGAUCCGGCUGCAGCUCAAACUGCAAGGCAGCGUCAGUGCCAAGGUCAACGCGGGGCCUAUGGCCUACGCCCGGGCCUUCCUGGAGGAGAAGAACGCUAAGAAGUACCCUGACAACCAGGUGAAGCUGCUGAAGGAGAUCUUCAGGCGCUUUGCGGACGCGUGCGGCCAGGCCCUGGACGUCAACGAGCGUCUGAUCAAGGAGGACCAGCUGGAGUACCAGGAGGAGAUGAGGGCUCACUACAGGGACCUGCUCAGUGAGCUGUCGGCCAUCAUGAACGAGCAGCUUCGAAAAAGCAUUCUAGCCUCCGCCGGCUCCUCUCUCUCUCACAGCUCUCUCUCCGCUGCUUUUAAACCGGAUUCUUCACGCAAGACCACGAGGAACGGAACGCCACAGCGCCUUCUGAAUGGCCAGUAGUGGACCAGUAGACCCUGGACCAGUAGACCCUGGACCAGUAGACCCUGGACCAGUAGACCCUGGACCAGUAGACCCUAGACUGGUCCCAGUAUGGGGGGAGGGGGCUCCAUGCCUGUUCACUCUAAUUUUCAUCCAUCCACUUAUUAUAAAAUCCGAUUUCUAUGAACUGUAUCUUAGUUUCUGCCGUCUGUAGUGGUGGCUCAGCCCGGGAACCAGGGAGCAGGAGGGACUAUGGGAAGGGUAGCUCCCAGAGGGGGUCAGCCGUGUGGUAGGCCGUGGUCUGUGUGGUCUGUAGUCUAGUCCUGUUGAAGUGUUGACGCUGUAGAGGCCAGACGGCUGGACUGGUAGACGAUGUGUUUGAUUGUAGAGGUUUCAUCUCAUCUGUAGAAGCGUUUGGAUCAUCGGCCAUUCCUUUACCAUCCGUGUACUCAUCAAGAAACAAAGGGAGGAAAGGGAGCAGGCACGUAAAGUGCACGCACACACACAUACAUGCACACACGCACACACACACACACUCUUUUUAACCCUGCCCUUUAUAAACCACAGAACACACCGGGCUUGUGGUGCGUUCAACCAAACGAGGAACUGUAACAUGUAGCCGACCAGUUUGUAUUAAACAACGAUUUCUAUAUAUCUAUCUUGCCACUAUUACGCCAUCAUGCUCUUUAAUGGUUUUGAAUGAGAACUGUGAUUUUUAAAAACAGAACGCGCUUGGAUUACGUAUGUCUUAAGUCCAUGCAUCAUCGGGUCUGUUGAACGCACCCCAGGCUCUGACUGAAUGUAAGCUGCGCCCGCCGCUGCUUCCUCGCCUAACAGUCUGGAAACGUCUGCUUGCAGAUUUUCAAAAAGGAAAAAAAAUAUGUUUUAUAACAUUUUUAUGAUUAUGAUAAUGUCAUUUUUUGGUUAUUAUUUCCUGCACUGUUCUAAAUUGUAAAUAAGAAUUAUUAAUAUUUAAAAAUGUUUCAAAUGUUUCCUUUUUUUUUAUGAAAUACACAAUAUAUGAAUAUUUGUUUAGCUAAAUUAAAAAAAGAACAAAACUAAAGUUUUAUGUAUAACAUUUGAAAUAAAAUCGACCUAAUGUU